ACCAGUUUGUCGGGGAUAUGGCAGAUUCCUUUUAAAAAAAUAUAAAAAUAAUAUAACAGUUUAAUUUGAAGCUACCGUCUUAUUUUUAAAUUCCAUUGCAACAAUGAAAUGGACAGUGCAUAUCGAAGGGGGACCGAUGAGAGUCAAUCAUGCAGCUGUAUGUAUCGGUGAUAAAAUCUAUUCGUUUGGUGGAUAUUGUUCCACUGAAGAAUAUAAAGAUUGGGAGCCAAUACCAGUCCAUAUAUUGAACACAGCAACUCUAAGAUGGACCUCUGUAAACUAUAAGAGAUCAGACGUAGUCCCAUUUCAAAGAUAUGGGCACACAGCAGUUGCCUAUGGUCACAAGGUAUAUAUGUGGGGCGGCAGGAAUAAUGCGGUAGCAUGUGAUACUCUCUCGUGCUUCGACACAAAGAAACUCGAAUGGAGCACCCCGCAAGUGACAGGAAUGGUGCCAUAUGCUAAAGAUGGACAUUCAGCAUGUGUCAUUAAAAAUAAAAUGUAUAUUUUUGGAGGAUUUGAGUAUCUCACUGAUCAAUAUUCUCAAGAAGUCCAUUGUCUUGAUUUGGACACACUUCAGUGGACCUUUAUAGAUGCACAAGGCACUCCGCCUUCCCACAGAGAUUUCCACACUGCAGUAGCUGUCGGAGACCGCAUGUUUGUCUUUGGUGGUAGAGGUGAUUUAAAUAGUCCAUAUAAUUCUCAGGAAGAAAUUUAUUGCCCGCAAGUAUAUUAUCUAGAUACAAUAACAGAGACAUGGGUAGCCUGUAAUCCUACUGGGAUUUGGCCAGAAGGGAGACGCAGUCAUUCUGCAUGGCUCUACAAUGAUUUCAUGUACAUUUUUGGUGGAUUCAAUGGAAAUACCAGGACACACUUUAAUGAUCUUUAUAGAUACUCAAUUAAAGGAAAUUUUUGGCAGUUUAUAAAUGUGACUGGUUCAGUUCCUUGCAAGAGACGACGCCAAGCAUGUCUUAUUUAUGAAGAUAAGGUAUACCUGUUUGGAGGCACAAGCCCUUGCCCACAUGUUAACAACAGGCCCAUUGAUGAAAAUGAUGCAAACCCCGAGAGAUUAAUUGAUAACAGUGAUUUACAUAUACUAGAUUAUACCCCAAGUCUGAAGACUCUAUGCAUCAUAGCUGUACUUGCUAACAACCUUGACCAAAGCACACUUCCGCGUGAUAUAAUUAUGGAUAUUUGUGCCAUGACAUUACCAAACCGCAUCAGCAGGCCCAUUAAUCAAGCAGGCUGAAAUAAUCUAUUAACUGAACACUUCUAUUGAUAACUUUGGAGCUUAUAAAUAUAUAAUAUGUAGUACCUAUCAAUAUCAAUAUGGAAAUGUUUAGUUGUUUUGAUUUUCCUUUUUUUAGACUGAUAGUUUAAUAUAGUUAUUGUUUAAAGCUUGAAGCUACGUUAUUUAUGUAUCUCAAGCAGUCUAGAGGCUGCUAUUAGUCAUUAUGAAUAUAUUAAUAGUUUACAUAUAGUAAAAUUUUGUAUUUUCGAUGUCCCAAACAAAUAAAUAUUUGUUGUUCGAAAUGUGUUUUAU